CUAGUAUUUUGGUUGGUGUCUUACAGCUUUCGUAUAUUUUCCAAAUUCCUUUGUUCUCUCUUAGCUUUUAUAUGGUUUAAGUGCAGCAUUCACCAGUAAUAUAAAUCGUCAUUUUACAGAUUGGGAAAGAGUGGCAUCAGAAUGUUGAAGAUCUCUAGAUUUGAUCUAAAGUUGCCUGCAGAGCUUGUCCAGACUUGUGCUGCUCUGCGAGAAAGAGAGCUUGCCAAGUUUAUAGCAACCAAUAAUGAAGGUGAAUUCCAGCAUACCAUAGAAGUGAAGAGUGAAAAGGAGCACUUUGUCAACUUUGAACUAUCCAAUUUGGAGAUAACAUUUAAAGAUGGCAGAUUUGUGGCCCAGAUUGCCCAGGUUCUUAAAGUCUUUCAGGCGCCAGAACAGGAAUCUCAGCAGCAACAGCCUGCACCAUCACAACAACAGCCGAGUAAUGUUGGAACAGUAACCUCACGUGGUAGUUUUGAAAAGCAAUCGCCAAAUGUCACGCAUUCAAAUGAGAGACUUGUGUCCCCAACAUCUGGUCCAGAUGCCGUGAACUUGUUCAGAAACACACAGUAUAGAAAUUCAAAGGAAAUCUCAGCAUCUCAAAAUGUUUCUCAGACUACCAGCGUGCAACCAAGACAGAUGCCAAAUACAGGUGUCAACUCAAACACAGCCGAAGAAGAGGAUGAUGACAUAAUUGUAGUGAAAGAUGAAGAUAUGAUAUCAAGGAGGUCGAAAAAUGUAGCUGAAGUCACAAUUGAGCCCUCUGCUGCAGGAGAGCCCAGCUCCUCUCAGCCUUCGCAGAUAUACCCUUAUAGCUUAUCACAAGUGCAUUUGAAUGCACCAUCCACUAUCACAAGUAUGACAAACACAGAACAGUUAGUUCAACCUUCAACUUCUCAAGUGGGUUCUAACGUGCCACCUCCCCCAACCACACCAGGGCAAAUGUUUCUUCACAGAAAGAUGGCAAGGAUGCAGCAGGAAAAGAAGAAAUUCGCCUUACAGAAAUAUCCUACUGGCAAGAAAACCAGUUUUGCCAUGUCUUAUCUUGGCAUGCAAUACUCGUGCAAAUCGUGUGGAAAGAUCUUCCAAAAGCACACUUCUCUGCUAGAACAUAUGAAAAUACACAAAGGCAAACUUCCCACUUGUGACAUUUGUAACAAAUCUUUUGUGUAUAAACAGUCCUUGGAGAGACACAUACAGGCAUACCACAAGAGCAACCCUGCCUAUCUGUGCUCUCUUUGUGGCACUCUGAAGUUCAGUAAAACUUCUAAUCUGCGGAGACACAUUGAGGCUGUCCAUAAGAUAACGCCUCUACGAUGUGAUAUCUGUCAUGGAUACUAUACUGAAAGUAGCAAGGUGGAACAUGAUCUGAUACACCUGAAGUUGUUGCAACAGUGAAAAUGUGGAUUGCAAUUAUUGGAUAUAUUAAAUGUUGUUUGUUAUGUAAAUUAUAUUUAUUUACUAGUUUCAUCAAUAAGGAAUUUCAUGUCAACCUCCGCCCCCUGUCCCUACCCAAACCUGUCAUGGAGUCAUGUUUGUGGGUCUGCUCGUGUUAGAAAAUUUAUAUUGUAGUUUUAUGGCAUCACCAUAUCUUUCAGUUCUGCUUAGGCUUGGUUAAUUCUUAUAUAUUUUGUAGCAAAGAAACAUAAAUAUAAAAGUUCACCAAAACACUUACAUGGAAUACUUGAAAUAAAAGGUUAUCUUGUGUAAUAUAAUAAAAGCAUGCACAACAUAAUACAAGCAUGUACAGCAGCUGUUUCUGGUGUGCACAAUACUGAACAUGGGGAAACAUCAGUCUUUGCAUGCUAUUUAUGUAGAACAAAAUUCCAUAAGAAUGAUCAAAUUUAAGUUUUAUUGAAAUACAUUAGGUGAGAAUGUGAAAGCAAAUACCUCAAUAUUUUAUCAUGUAUUAUGUAGAUAGUAGGUUGGUAGAUUUUUACACUCUAUUUAGAUUGUGUAUACAGCUCUUACAAUGAUUAUUAUAGAAAUAAAAAUACAAUAUAAUCUGAAAUUAGACAUGUUUUGAUUUGCAAACUAAAUAUCUUGUCACAUUAUUGGUCUCAAACAAAUAUUUUCCUUUUGUUUUUCACAGCUAUUUGUAUAUUAACAGCUUAAAGCUUUUUACAGGCUCUCAUUUUGUUUGAUUAGUUUAUUCUAAAUAGACUUCAACAAGUGUCCUCUAUUUAUGAUAAAUUGCUUAUUUUGACAGGCCUAAAAUAUGAUUGUCUCUAACAGCUCCAUCUGCCAGUUAAUCUUUUAUUAGAAUUGAGGGAAGGAAAGGCAUUACUUUCACACGGUAAUGCUUUUUUGUCUGAAAUAUAAUACGUUUGAGAGAAAUUU